GAGGCUGUCAUCCCAUCCACUGCUUGGGUAAAAAUGUGUCUAAAUGGAUUGUAAAUGAUCUUGAUGAAAUAUUUACACGGUAGAGCCGAGUGUGUGACAACAUUAGACAUGGAUUGUCCCUGGCUUCGCCGUGUUCCCGCGGGACAACCAAUCCAACUCCAGUAGUUGAUUGACAACAACCAACCAGCCCAACUUCCCUCUGUUCUACGUCUUUCUAUUGGCUGGCUAGUACAGCUUUACGAAUCCUUAUUGGCUCAGGUGGCAGUGUGGAUGGAGCCAAGGGAUCUGGUUGGCUCGGCCCGACCCAAAGAGGCGGAGUUACAGGGAGGCAGGGUGGGGCCAAAUGAAGGGAACCAGCAAGGAGCAGGGGGCAUGGGUUUGGUUCGCAGUGAUGAUGUGAUUCAUGGUGCCAUCAGCGAAGGGGAGGGGCUAGAGGAUCAAGGGGAGGGGCUUUUGGAGGAGCAGGAGUUUUCUAUCAAGGAAGCAAGUUUCCAGGAAGGAAGUCUGAAGCUUAAGAUCCAGACCACCAAGCGCACCAAGAAACCCCCCAAGAACCUUGAAAACUACAUUUGUCCACCUGAGAUAAGGAUGACCAUCAGACCUUCAGUUGGAGAAGGCAAAGGGGGGCGACAGGGUCGGGCAGGAGGCGGGGCCACAUCGGGGCGGGGCCAAAAAGAUGAAGAAAGAGGACCCCCACGGAAAAGGACAUAUGAGCGCCAGUUCAGAAUGGCUGAGCAGAGAGAGGGAGGCCUGCUGCAACUACUGGGAGAUCACACUCCGCCCAAACACCAGCUCCGCAGCUCUCUCCUUCCUGCACACACACUCUCACACACACAGCAAACACAGCACACCCACGCGCCACAAUUCCAACAACAACAAAUCAAUUCAGACUGGAUCACGUCUACAGCACCUUCUGCGUCCCCGACCAAUCCUCCAGAUUCACAGACAUCCCGAGAGCUGACCCAACCUUUCCCACGCUCAGCUACGCGGAGCCCCUCACCUCAGAGAUCUCUGACUCCAGACCUGCAGCUGCCAGUGGUUACAGAUGCCAGUAUUCUCAACCUGACCUCUCUCAGCAGGGGGAGGGGUUUACAGGAGGUCAGUGAGCAGCUCUUUGGGAACAUCAAGAGGAAGUACGGCAGGAAGGACUCCCAGAGGAUGCUCAGUAAUCCCCUCAGUGCUGAAACACCUUGGGGAGGACAGCCAGAGAAAGGAUCGGAGAGCCCAACUAAUGCAGAGGAGAGACACAAGUACAGGCAGGAAGAGACAGCUGAGUGCUUCCAUGAAGAAAGAGAGGAAAAGAGAAAAGAGGACAGAGAUCGAGCAAAUUCUGGGAGGAAGGGAGACGAAGACGACAGAGGGAUGCUCAUGCUGACAGAGGAAGGGAAAGGAAGGAAGAGGCGGAGGAGGCCUUCUUUUGACAAGUCCUUUUCUGCAGAGGAGCAGUCACAGCAACGGCAGGCGAGUGCAGAGAAGCACCAGCCUGGACCCCCGGAACCCAAAGUAGCACAUAAGACAGAGGCUCACAGAAAUGAUUCUCGACUCACAAAUCAGUCGGAUGUGAGUCGAGAAAGGACAGAAAAAGGGGAUAAAUGUGAUAAAAGGGAAAAGGGAGAAAGGCUCGACAGGUCAGAAAGAGGAGAAGUGGUUACAAGUCUGAUUGACCCAGAGUCAAACAGGAUGAAAAAGAACCCUGUUGGACGUCCUAAGCUCAGCACAGACGCCCUUAAACACAGAGAGCUUUCUCACAGUCACAUCAAUAAACCCAUUCUUAACAUGAACCCCAGACUCCCGAGCCCAAACCCAAGCCCCAGCCCAAGGAGUAGCAUCAGCCCAACCCCAAGUCCUAAACCCAGGCUCAAUAUUUGCCCAAGUCCCAGCCCAAGUCAUAGGCCCAGGGCUGCCCUGAGUCCAAGCCCCAGCAACAGCCCCAGCUCCACAGCCAGCUCCAGACAAACCAAGGCCAAGGACAGGUGGUCCUACCUGAAAGCCAAAAGCCAUGCCUGUCUCUCAUCACCCCAAAGAGACAUCAGGACUAGCCCCUCCACCUUAGCUGACCCACCCUCAGCAUUCCCCAUCACCCCAUCCAGCCCCCUCUAUACCAACACUGACAGCCUGACGGUCCACACACCCAUCAAGAGGAAACGAGGACGCCCCAAGAAACAGCCACUCCUAACAGUGGAGACCAUACACGAAGGAACCUCCACUUCUCCUCCUAGCCCACUGGCACAGGAAGUGUCUGCAGGGCUAAUCCCUAGUAGGAAGACACACACACUCAACACAUUAAUGCAGCUGUCCUCCACCACCACCAGCAUCAACUCUACCAGUCUGAAUCUGAAGCGCGGCAGGGGCUUUUCCAGGCCGGUGAAUAAGAUGAAGCUGGGUAAAAUGCAGAGCAUCCUGAACCAGAUCCUUUCAGGCUCCAAUCAGAAUGGCACUCUAGCUCUGAAGUCAUCCUCUGCACCUGUUUCCUCAGCCAUGACAGCCAUGGCAUCCACCAUCGAGGCUCGGCUGGGAAAGCAGAUAAACGUGAGUAAGAGAGGAACAAUCUACAUCGGAAAGAAGAGGGGGCGUAAACCCAGAGCAGAAACUCAAGGCUCCAACCCUCUAAAAACCACUAGGGACAAGCCCCUGAUGUCUGUCUCCACUUCUAGUCUCUAUGAGAGCCCUGCAGUGCCUUCCUCCACCUCAUCUCCCAGCUCCACAUCCAUCAGAGCCAGCCACCCUGAUGCCACUAUGCCAAGUUUGCAGCCUAUCUCAGCCUUGUCCUCCAAGCCACCUGGCAGGGGAUUCAUCUCUGGAGGUUGGAAACUUUCUCCUCCACGCCUUCUGGCUAACUCACCCUCCCACCUGUCAGAGGGGGCUUCGGUGAAGGAAGCGACCCUGUCCCCAAUCAGUGAGUCCCACAGCGAGGAGACUAUUCCCAGUGACAGUGGGAUUGGAACGGACAACAACAGCACCUCAGACCAAACUGAGAAGGGCCCCGCCUCCCGACGCAGGUACUCGUUUGACCUGUGUGGGUAUGAGGCUGCUGAGGCAGCAGCCUUAGAAGCAUCCAACAGGAACAGUAGAACGCGCUGCAAUCGCCAAGUAACUACUGUUGACAACUUCCUGUCACAGCAGGAAAAGAAGCAAAAACACCAUCGGAGGAAGAGGAAGUGCCUGCAAAGUCGGGAUCAUCUUCACUUUCUCUCUGAGCUGGAGGAGGUGGUGUUAAAGCUCCAGCAGCUACGAGUGUCUCACAGAAGAUUCACCUGCUACCCCCAGCAACCUUAUCCCUCAAUUUUCCGCCUCAACUUCCAUCAUUACUACCCCGUUAGCUACGACUCAUACUCGUGUGAUUCCAGCUCAUAUCUCCGCAGGAGUGCCGAUCUGAAGGCUAAGAGGAGACGUGGCCGUCCAGCCAAAGCCAACGAGCCAAUCACAUCCAAGCUGCCUUUUGUUCAAGGAUACAGUUAUCCACUGGCUGGAGGAAAUUACUAUGCAGCACCGUAUGCUAUGCCUUACGCACCCCAUCUGAGUCUGGGCUACUUUCCUCCUCCUCCCCCAUUUUACCUGCCCCAUCACUCACUAGGCCCUGCACCUCCGUCUCCCUUCAUGAGGCCAACCGUCCCCCCACCCAAGGCUUUUCACUCCAGUGGACACCCAAAGCUCCAGCCUGGGGCCAAGCUCCGCAGUGCCAGUGCCCCCCUCCAGGGCCCCUCUGUAAGAGAGGGCCUGGGGUCUCUGGGAAGCGGCAAUGCGGGAACUCUUGCAGGGGUUCGCCUCCACAAGAGGAAGCACAAGCACAAACAUAAGCACAAGGACGAACCCCUCCUUUCACUGCGAGACCGGCAGGAGCUGGGCGGGCUCUUCAGUGGAGCUAAAACGAAUGCACGUCUCAGCAUGCUGAGUGACAGGAGGGACCUUGUCAGUCAGGGCACCUCAAAGCAUGUGGAGAAGCAAAGGGGCAGCGGGAGAGUCUCAGGCCUCGGGUCCAGCUUAGGGAUGUUUGAGUCAGACCAGCUUUCCAAACACUCUCUCGCUGACAGCCAAUUCCACUCCCGUCAGAUACGACAGCCAAUUAACAGCUUCAGGAGCAGCUACAGCAGCCAAUCGCAGCGAUCAGAGGCAGCUUCUGAUCUCAUUUUGGGGUCACACGAGGACGUGUGUGAUGGGAGGAGCAGAAAGCCGGGGCUAGCUGUGUUUGGAGAUCAGGGCCUACUGUCAUUCCAAACUGCCAGGCAGGAGUCAGGACAAAUUAACAAGUGCUCCAGUCCCUCCCUCACCGGUGUUCCCGGUAAGAGGAGGUACAAGCGACACGAGGUGGAGCAGAUCCAGAAGGACGUAAGGAGGAUGCAUUCUUUGAACUUUGAGCAUGUGCAGAAAAUCCUCCGUGCCAAGCGCCUGCAGCGACAAGCCAAAACAGGAAACAACGUCAUCAAAAGACGGCCAGGACGGCCCAGGAAACAGCCUAUAGAGGAACCAGAACAGACCAACAGGAGGGAGGAGGAUCCAGCUGAUGGUCGGGUUUUGGACAUGUUGGCGGGAAGGAGAGGUGAUGGUAGGACUCUGGGAAUGCCGGUCUUGGAGAGGUGCGACGACCUGCCUGGUAGGCAGAGCCUCAGGCCGAGCUUGACCCCCGAGCCCUUGGAGUUCUCAAACCACGACUCCAUCUCAGCAACUAUUGAGACUGUGGUGCAUCAAGCACGAGCUGUGCCUCAGACGGCUAAAGGCGGGAAGCGCAGAGGCCGUGUCCACAGCAGGGACGAGUUGUGGGCUCCAUCUAGUCUAUAGACCUGCAGGAGAAAGGGACUCGGUCACUGAUAGAGAGCUGUUGUGGAGCCAGUGCUGUUUGAAGCCUAUUAGAUGCAGUGCCCUUAAUUGUGGGACUCCUUGGUGCACUUUGACUUGUCUGUCCUCUCUGGUCUGUGAGGACUUCAGCGGAGGAGAGAGCCCCUGCUGUUCCCUCCCUCCAUUUAUUAAAUCAGACAUUAACCUUUCAAGGUUUCAUCGGACUUCACUUACAAUGGCACUAUAUGGUACUAUUUGAUACUGAAUCUGAUGCUAUAAAGUGUGGUACUUAUGAUAGUUUAGAAUUAUUAUGUGAAUCUUUAUGUAUCUGAUAAAGUGACGUGUAUGGUACUUUAUGAUACUGUAUCUGAAUGUGGCUUCAGCCAUAUAUUUACCAGCAAGGGGAGGGGGAUGGUUAAUAUUAAACUGUGCAGCUCUGCUUAUUUUUGCCUUUCUGAGGAAGCUUGUCAAAGAUGUGGGAUAAAACAGCAGUAAAUAAGCCACCUUACCCUUUUUUGUGUCCCUGCUCUCUGCUAUAUUUACCUUCCUUGUGUUCUUCUCUCUCCAAGGAGUAACCACUACCUGGUGGCAGCUUCUCAUCCCUGCUCCCCCGUCCCUGUGUCUAUCCAAAUUCUUUAGCCCUCCCUGGUGCAUGCCGCUCAACUUCAUCUCCCUUUCUCUCUCUCUUCUUCUCUAACCUCGAUCAUAUUUUACAUCUCACUUGCUUCCGCUUCGUCCUUAAAACUCCUCCUGUCUCAUGUAUUCUCCCUCCCUGCUCAGGCCUGUCCUGAGUACUGACAUCAACUGUCCCAGACUGUACAUAGAAACAAAGUCCAUUGUCGCCUGCCUUGUUCAGUGAGAGACCAGCUCAUAGAUGUGUACUGGCACUCAGUAUAUCAAAUAGAAUUGUUGUACCAUAGACAAUGGAAGCUGUGUAUUGUUUUAUAACCAAAAACAGACAUGGGUGCGACUCAAGACAAGUUUGUUUUCAGACAGAAAGAACCGCAUGUAAUCAUUCAUACCCUCAUUAUUGUUUGUAUAACCAGGGGGCAUUGCAUACAGGAGGAAUAUCAGGUGUAUUUUUUGGUAAACCUUAAAAUUGGUUUAAUGCACUAUGAAAAACCAUACACUUGCAUCAAUCAAAUAGAGCACUUACAUGCUUGUUCCAGCCUUAUGUUUUGGCCUUCAAUGGUGUGGAUUUCCAUUCCAGAGAGCAUGCAUUAUUUUAAUCAAUUUGUAUAUGCAGGCUGCGCAGCCAAAAGCGUCAAACUGGAGCCCAGGCCUAAAUCCUCAUAGGACAGUUCAGUUAAAGAGGGCUCACAAACAGUGUUUUGAAAAGUAAAUCCCAUACUUUCUACUUAACAUGAUUUUCAAUCCAUAAUCUUGGAUGUGUUUUUUCUUUUCUUUAAAGUAAAUCCAGUAUUUAGAAUUAGAAACCAAAGUCUACGUAUUCAGUGUAAGGAUGUUUUAUUUAAAAUAAUCUAAAUCAGAGUUGGACAUAGUCUCCAUCAUGUUGGCACUAAAGUGAAGCAUUCCUGUGUGCACUUGAGAAUGUAGCCAUCUUGGAUUUCUGUGUCAAUGUGUAAAGCCUUUGUUAAACUCUACCUACAAUGUAUGUCUCUUUGGGUAGUUGUUGGUGUUUUUCUCAAAUAAGUAUUCAGAAUAUGAGAACUGGAUCAGUAUUUCUUUGGCGACUUUGUUAAGGUUUAGUUUCAGGAGAUUCUGUCGUCGUUGGUCGGGUGGAGUUCUCAGUAAGCAGCAGUUCAACUUGUGCCUUAUGUUUCUUUCUCUCACCAAUUACAUUUGACUCGAGAAAUAUUGAGUGGCAAUGAGUUAUUGGCCCAAAAUAUUCAUGAAUGUGCAUGUGUCUCAGUCAUCAGAGCCCUGCCACUGCCUGUGUCCCUUAACAGCUUCUAUAGUCAGCAUCCUCUGUCACCUGGCAGCUCACCUGUCUCCUUGUUUCUAUUCAGGCCCAUAUCAAAAUAACACAACUUGAAGGGCCGGACUGAUGGAUACAAUAUGAUACAUUUGUAUUAAAACACACGUACUGGCCUCAGAGACAGAAGGCCAACCAUGCCAAAUGUGUUUCUAUCCAGAUAUAUUGAUAAUUCUCGGAUACAAUUGACUAUCAGUGAACUUGCCCAGUAUGUUUACCAGUUGUUUACAGCAUACAAUUGGUUUUGUACUUGGUUAAGGAGGAACAGAUGAGGAUGUCAAGGAAACCACACUCCUGUACAUUGUUGUUUGCUAUGCAUCAGGCCAUGCCUGGCGUUGACCUUAAAAGGAAUUUCUGUUCUGAGUCCACCCUUUGACAAAGAGAAAUAAGUGGUCUUAUUUACUGAAUAAAAUGCAUCCGUGCAAUGCGAAUUGUGAAUAAUACCAGUAAUAAGUUGUGCAGAAAGUGACUAUCAUUUCAUGAAAACUAUAGUUACUGCAGCUCUAUGCAGUACAGCCUUAACCAGAUGUGAACCUACAGUUUUGAAGUGUUUGUUGUAAAUAGUGUUAGUAUGUCCGUCCUGCAUGGAUACCAGUUGGGCUCUGCUAUGCUGGGACUGUCUCCCAAAACCACAGUAGACCUGCUCUCCAUAAUAAGACUGCUUAAGACCUAAAACAAAUGUUUAGAAAUGUCAACCCUAAUAGAUUUUCUUUGUUUAAAAUAUUCUGAUAGACAUUGGCAGUCCGUUAAAUCACACAGACGGUAAACUGAGUUUCCUUUUUGAACCACAUUAAGUUCUUGGAGGAUAUAAACCCCACUGUAGGGAACCAAACCAAAAAUAGGGUUCCCUGCUGACUUGCAGCUUUCUGCCUGCAGCCAGUUGGUGCAUUGUAGGAGCAUAAAGCAACAAGAAUAUGUGUAAGCUCUCAGAGGAAAUAGCCAAAAAUACUCUCGUCCUCAUAUUGGUGCGCUUGACCUUGCUUUGAUAGAUGACUUUCGUUUGGUCUGCAGUCUUUUGUGGGGAAGAUGAGGUCUAGACAUGUGGUUCUUAAGGUGUAGAGACUUCAUGCUUGGCAGCUUACCCCUCCAUACUGUGGUCAGGCAGCGGUCUCUGGUGUAAGAGUUUAAGACCCAAGGUGUUGUCUGUCCUGUCUGUCUCUCUUACCAGCCAAUGCUCCGGUGCCUUCUAACACUGACAAGUAUUGUCCUAAUCCAGAGCUUUCACUCUACACAGGCACUGCAGAGGGGAUGUGUCUUUGAUUAGGGUUCAAGGUCUCUCUCUGUUGUAUUCUAUUUAGCAACUAAUGUGGACCAGUAGCUACAGGAGGCCUCAGGCACUAAUGUAAGGAUCCUUUACAUUGUCUUUGGUUUGAUCAUCAAGGGCAACGCAGCAGUAUUUGACCUGAAAUCAGUGUUUGGGCUUUAUAUUCUGUAGUCUACAUGAAACAGUAUCCAGCAUGGGGUAUAAUGGCACCUACAUUUCAAUCACCUCCUCUGUAGCGUACUGUGAUGAGUGUACUAGACAUGGAGUGAGGGGUCACAUGAGACAGAGCCUCAUUAAUAUACAUGUCGUCAUCCUCACAGCGUAUUUUACACUUCGAAGCUAUAAUGUUAUUCAAAGCUGAAAGUGCAGAUAAAGCAUUGAGAAAAACCAAUAAAUGUACUUCUUCAGAGCACAAAGUGAGCUCUUCUAACAGUAUGGGCAUAUUUUAGUUUGUAUACAUAGUGUAUUUGAACCUUUUUCUAGAGUGGGUUUCCUUGAUUUGCAUGCUCAAUUUGAUUGUAUGCAUAACUAUUUUAGAAAAGCCGAAAAGUUAAAUUUCAAUUGAAUUUGGAGCAAGACUUGUACAUUGUUUGAUAUGUUUCUUUUUGUAAUGAAUUUUUUAAUUCAUGAAGCAUUUUUGUACAUUGUAUGAAUAUUAAAAACUGCAAAUAUUUGACAUAUAGAGUAAAUACUAGAUGCGCAUGCAUAUGCAUAUAUCCUUCAGAGUAUGUAUGUGUAAUUGUACACAUAUUUUGUAUUUGCAUCUGCUGUCAUACAGAUAUAUGUCUUAAGCACAUAUAUACAUGCAAUAUAUAUGUAUAUCCAUGUCCGCUGGCAUGCUUUUGGUCAUGUUUAUCUCUCAUGAUCUAGUAGGUGCUUUUUUUUUAUUUCACUUUCCUGAGAGAGAAAAGCUCAUUCUUUUGCUACCCUUAUGUUGGCUGGCAGCAUUGAGCACUUAUUAAAAAGAACUACAGUUGAAGUUGUUCAUGUUAUCCAUUGUGUGAAAUAAUAAAUGACUUUAUUGACAGCU